CCCACCUCCCCACACUCACGCGCUCGGCAUUAAUUGGCGAAAGUUCUAUUGGUGUCUAGUGUAAAAAUUUUCGUAUAAAAACGGCGACAAUGCAACAGAUUGUCACUCGCAAUUUUCGCUUUCAACAACAAGAACACAAAACACUAGAAAAAUGAAGUUCGUUUACGUACUCGCCUUCGUCGCUUUGGCCUACGCUGUCUCCGUAGCUGCUGUAUGUGAUCCCUAUGGUAGUGGAGAACCCGAUUGCACUACAUUAAAUGAGGGCGCUAUUACACGUAACUUCUGGGAUCCAACUCGUUACUGGCAAUGUCAAAAUGGCGCUGCUACUCCGGUUAGAUGUGAUGACGGACAUGGUUUCUUAACCUCGGCCGGUAAAUGCGUACUAUGGUCCGAAUGGGAAUGGGUUGCUCCUUGCCCACAGGAGAGUGCUUAAGCAUAUUUAAUACUGAUUUAUACUUAAUGGAUUGAUCUAUUGUUCAGCUCUACUCAAUAAAAUAUGUACAUAAACACAGUCUA